UGCCAGCGCCGCUUGUUUCGUUGAAUUAAAACCCGCUAUCACUGGAGGCAUUAUGGCAACAGUGGGAAGUCGUGAUAAAUUGGACUGCGAACAGUUCGAAUGGACCGCGGAAGAGGAAAUACAGCUGUUCCUCGCGAUGGACGGAAUGAAACCGGUCGGCAUCAAUCGACACUUCUACAUGGCGUGCAUCAUUGACCGGCUGUCGAAGGCCCUCCAGCGGGACAUCGCCAGUGAAGCGGUCUGGGCGCAUCUCGGGACAAUCUACAACUUGCGAGCACUCGAUGAGCAAGAGUUUGUGCCUUUUCUGAACGAGGAGUGUGACUUUGGACUGCCGGAGGCCGACUUUGGCGUUGCCAUUGGCAAGAGGAAGCCGGAAGACACUGAACGAAGUUCAAUCCCGGUGGCUAGUGAACCAGAAUCUAAAAAACCGGAAGUCAAGCUAGAGCCAGCGGUUGCUAAAACUCCCGCAACCAAAACACCAGUACCGUCGAAAGAUGGUAAAGAAGUCGAAAAGGAAGAGAAGGACGCGCGUGACCGUGAUCCGACAUCGGUAAAAGUGAAAACGAAAACUCAUGACGGUAACGGAGUAACCGAGGGUGGACCGAAACGCUCGCAGAAACGAACCAGAGGGUCAAUGACGUUUGAACCGAGUCACUCGAAUAAUUCCAGCCCGGCCAACACCCCUCCAAACGGGCCAAAACGCCGACGCAUUUAGCUGAUGGACUAUUUCAUCGAUCUUGACAAAGUGCACUGAAACCCCUUUCGGCCGGGCUUCAACACUUUCAACGACGUGGGGUUACUAAUUUUAUUCAUUUUACAACUAAUGUAAAUAAUCUAACUGUUUCACCAGUUCAAAAAUGCUAUGAAAUGAACUGUGUAAUGUAUAAGAUGGGAGUCAAAAUGUAAAUAAAAAGAUAUCCAGUACAUUGCGUGGGAGUUACUCAAGAAUUCUCUAGUAUACAUACACUUGUUGUU